CUACGAUGGAGCGUUAAGCAUACUAACAAUCCUCAUCCCACAUAUACGCACAGGUUGCCAAAGGUAGGUAAAUCUGUCCUUACUGAACAUCUUGACCUGUAAACCCUCUCUGCUGCCGAACCAAGUGCCAGCUUCUCAAGGUAGGCCGUUCCCAGACAGAUUCAUAUUUCUCAUCGUUUAGCUUCACCUUGGAACCAGAAACGGGCAGCCCAAAUGAAGCUCACAGAUGGAAUGUGGAAGAACCGCAAUGGGAUGACUCCCAACUGGAUGGGCAAUGUCGAAAGGGCCAAUGUCGGCGACAAGAAGGUCGACCUCCUUCUCACGAAACCACAGCGACAUCGAGGAGAUACAUUAAACGUCGGCACAGUAUCAGCGACCAUCCGCUCUCCCAUCGAAGGUGUCACUGCAGUCAACUUCUCACACUGGACAGGCGAAGAAGACUCGGGUCCCAACUUUCCACUUUUCGAGACAAAUCCUCAACCCAAAAUCACUCACACCCAAGGCAAAAGCCUGGACUUUUCAAGCGGACCCCUUGACCUGGCCAUCAACACGGCUCCAAACGCCCUUUCCUUUGACUAUUUCACCAACUCCAAACGCCUGACUGGCCAUUCGUUCCGCUCUAUAGCCUUUGUCACCUCCGCUGACACUCCCAAGUACAAGAUAGAUGAGGGUCUGUACGCCGAGCAAGAGAACUACAUGCUCCUCGAGCUCGAUCUCUCAGUUGGCGAGAAGAUCUACGGUCUCGGUGAGCGCUUCGGCCCCUUCAUCAAGAACGGUCAAGUCGUCGACAUCUGGAACGAAGACGGCGGCACAUCCUCCGAGCUUGGCUACAAAAACAUUCCCUUCUACAUUUCUAGCCGCGGAUACGGUGUGUUCAUCAACAAUCCGGGCAAGGUCAUGCUGGAAAUCCAAUCCGAGCGUACCACGCGCAUCAACAUAGUUGUCCGGGCGGAAAGCCUCGAAUACAUGGUCGUGGCGGGCCCCAGUCCUAAGGACAUUCUAAAUCGUUACACAGCACUAACCGGACGCCCUGGCCUCCCACCCUCCUGGUCCUACGGUCUCUGGCUUACGACCUCCUUUACGACCUCGUACGACGAAAAGACCGUCACAUCGUUCGCCGACGGGUUCAAAGAGCGUGAGAUCCCCCUGAGCGUAUUCCACUUCGACGCCUUUUGGAUGAAGUCUUUCCAGUGGUGCGACUUUGACUUCGACGGCGAAAGUUUCUCCGAUGCCAAAGGAUACCUCGCCCGACUCAAGUCCCGCGGUCUCAAGAUCUCCGUGUGGAUCAACCCGUACAUCGCCCAGGCCUCGCCCUUAUUUCUCGAGGGCAAACGCAACGGCUACUUCAUCAUGCGCUCCGACACCACCCGCCCGACCGUGUGGCAGUGGGACAACUGGCAAGCCGGCAUGGCAUGCGUGGAUUUUACCAACCCGGCGGCGUGCGAGUGGUACGCGGGCCAUAUGCGCCGGCUGAUGGGUCUGGGCGUGGACACUUUCAAGACGGACUUUGGCGAACGCAUCCCCUUCCUCUCGCACCAGGUCAAGUACCACGACAACAGCGAUACGGCGCGCAUGCACAACUUCUACGCGUACCUGUACAACAAACUCGUCUACGACACCAUGACCUCGGCGGGCAGGGACGCGUGUCUCUUCGCGCGCGCCGCUACCGCGGGGACCCAGCAAUUCCCCGUCCACUGGGGCGGUGACUGCGAGAGCACGUUCGAAGCCAUGGCCGAGACGCUCCGCGGCGGACUGUCGCUCAGCCUGUCCGGAUUUGCGUUUUGGGCGCACGACAUCGGCGGGUUCGAAGGCCUGCCCGACCCUGCACUGUACAAGCGCUGGGUCCAGUUCGGUCUGCUGGGGUCCCACUCCCGCCUACACGGCAGUUCGAGCUACCGUGUACCUUGGAUCUACGACCAGGAGAACUUCCCUGGCGAGGACGAAGCGUGCAGUAAGGUCCUCAGGGAGUCUGUGCUCCGCAAGAUGGCAUUGAUGCCUUAUAUCCUCCGUCUAGCGCUCGAGGGACACCAAAAGGGGACGCCGAUAAUGAGGGCAAUGUUCCUCGAGUUCCCCGACGACCUGAACGUCUGGACGUUGGAUACACAGUACAUGCUCGGGUCGGAAAUUUUGGUUGCGCCAGUGUUUUCCCAGGAUGGCCAGGUCAGUUUCUACGUGCCCAACGACGACGAGCGGAACAAGGCUUCUGUCUCCUCUUCUGCUGGUGGUGGUGGUGGUGAUGGUGCUGCUGCUGCUGCAAAGUGGAGGAGUUUCUUCGAUCGUACCAAAACGUACGAGUCCGGUAGAUGGUACACGGAGACACACGGCUUUGAUACCCUGCCUAUCCUGCUGCGGCCCGAGGCGGUCGUUCCGUACAACCCAGAAAUGAAAGUCCCCGAGGGAGACGUCACCAAGGGAUUACAGCUGUUGGUCAAUGGUCCCUUGAGUGAAUCACGAUCCGUGGAGAUCGUCGGGACAAAUUCAGUGGACAAGAUAUCUACUUCUUUCACGGUCAACGACAAGUUACAGGUCAACGGGGCCAAGGUUGAUGUCAAGAUUGUGGACGUGACCAAGACGUGAACUUGCCUUGAUAGUUACGAGAGACGUAACAGGCUCUCAAAGACUUUUUUAUAGUGUUAC